GAUAGAGUUUUCAUUUGUAUAUUUAUGAGCCAACCAUAAUGUAAUAGAAAGAAUGACACCUUGAGUGUCCUCCACGGUUGUCUCUAUCAGCCUGUAGGCUCUUUUCUGUGUGGAGGAGUCGGGUCCGAAUUGGCGCGAAAUUCAAAAUGUGACGUCAUGCGCGUGCUCGUCUACCUGGGCGUUCCAUAUAGACGGGUACGGCCGUCAUUAGUAAACAGCGGCAAUCGCUAGCAUGUUUCAAAUGGACUCUGUAGACGGAAAGAAGCUACCAACUUCCAGCACAAUCCAGACACUUACGGAAACUCCUCGUAAGUUAAAAAAAAUCCUUAUCUAGUGCGGCCAAAAUAGUGCGUGACCGGCGUCGGGGAAAAGACAAGAGUAAACAUCGGAUUGGCAUUUUAUUCUUGGAGGGAGCUCCGGUCAGCGCUGGGUAUGAAAAGGCUUGAGCAGGUUUCCUUUUUACUGCAAAGUGUUUGUAUGUUAGAUACUGCAUGAGAACAUGGAAGGACUCACAAUUACUAUUAAAUUGCUCGUGCAUGGAAAAGAAGUGGGCUGCAUCAUUGGGAAGAAUGUCUCUCAGCCAAUCAGAAUGAAGCAUUCAGCAGUGUUGUAAUGGUGAAACCAUGCAGAAGCUCCGUAAGGAGGUCUGGGAUUUUACAGCCAUCCCUACUGCCAUAAUUCCUUACACUGUCGGAGAACAGGCCAAUAUUAAAAGGCAAUUUGCAGCAAUGUCCGGUUUCCUCAAUGUAAUCGGUGCAAUUGACUGCACUCAUAUUGCUACAAGGGCUCCAUAUGUAGAUUAAUUCAUUUAUGUGAAUCGCAAACAUGUGCAUUCAAUAAAUGUGCAAAUUAUAUAUAAUGUCGCGGCACGAUGGCCUGGUUCUACACAUGACUCUCUUAUUCUAGUGCACAGCAGUGUAGGAAAUGGACUUGGAGCAGGUGCCGUUCGUGAUGGCUGGCUCCUGGCUCAACAGAUUACCACAGCAGGAUCCUUUUUAUAUCAAACCUGAUGUGGAUGCUACGGCUAGCUCUCAUCAACCAAAUGAUAAAGGAGAAACCAUAAAAAAGCUACGUGAAGAGGGCGGUGCUCAUAUUAAUAUCUCCCUUGGGUGGCUGGAGAGGAUUGUCGCAAUUGCCGGGAGAAGCGACUCCCUUUUUCAUGCUUUAAAAAUUAUUUUAAAUAUGAUUGAGAAGUGUCCUACAAAGGGUGUUAAUAUCCAGUAUCGCCCAAGACCCACAGGAUCGCAUGUAGUUUUCGCGGGAGGACCGCAAACUGUGGAUCCCAGUAAGUAUCCCAGUGAUGUAGAUGCUUCUGCACAGCAGGCACACCGUGAUGAAGUGAACGUUCCAAAUGAUCUAACAAGAUUUCUUCAAGAUCCUUUGAAUCCCAUGCACAGCAGUGUAGGAAAUAGACUUGGAGCAGGUGCCGUUUGUGAUGGCUGGCUCCUGGCAAAAAUUAAAGAAAUCCGGCAGGCCUCGGGGGGCAGAAAUUGGCAUUUCGGACCAGGUCAAGGGGUCGACUGAGUCCCGGCGGGUGACCAUAAAUGAUUCACCCGUCCGCAUUAGUAUGGCCAAUCACAUUAUAAAGACAGAG